UAUCGGUCAUUGUCCCCUCGUCGUACGUAUAGGCUACCGGACGGCACCCGCGAGUCAAAAUCCGCUAGCUCGUUCAUUAGCUUCAUCGUCCGACGACUCACUUUCUGACUCGUCGGGCUGAUAUCCUGAGCUCCGGCUGAACACAGAGCUCGAGAAAUCCGCAGCUCCAGGCUCUGAAUCCGGCGCCUGCUUCUCGUUCGCUGCUUAAGACUGAACAGUUCAAGUCCGAGCUGAAUCCUGUCGCAGCUGGCGGAGGAUUCUGUCCGUGGCGGGAGCUGUCAAUGAGCACAGCUGAAGGUGUGGUCCUGCAAUUACCCUGCCUCCGAGUCCUCUUCUUUCGGCACUGAUCAUGGUUCCAUCCGUUUUACAAUCAUUUGUCUCUAUUUUCCCUGUUGAUGGUGGCACCCCUCACUGACCCCAACUCUGCCAUAGAUUUAGGAUAUAGCAUGAAUGAUCUUUAUCGUGAAGCCCAACACCGGUGGCUCAAACCUGCCGAAGUACUCUAUAUUUUGCAAAAUCAUGAAGACGACCAGAUCGCCCAAGAACCUCCACAGCAUCCUUCUGGCGGAUCGUUAUAUCUUUUCAACAAGAGGGUUAAUCGUUUCUUUCGCCGUGAUGGCCAUAACUGGCGGAAGAAGAAGGAUCAGAGAACUGUUGGAGAAGCGCAUGAACGCCUUAAGGUGGGAAAUGUUGAAACCUUGAAUUGUUACUAUGCACAUGGAGAGCAGAACCCAAAUUUUCAGAGGCGCAGCUACUGGAUGCUUGAUCCGGUGUAUGAGCAUAUUGUUCUCGUUCAUUACAGGGACAUAGCUCAGGGAAAAUCUAGUUCUGGAUCAAUCGCAUCAUCUUCUGCUUUUACUCCCAGUCCAAGCCCCAGCCCUUAUUCUACUCAAAAUCCAGGCUCUACUUCCAUUAUCAGUGAAGUAAAUGAGUCUGGUCAAAACCUUUCAAGUCCAGGCUCUGCAGAAGUUAGCUCUAAUAUAGUUUUCAAGAAUAAUGUCGUGAAUGGUUUGGGUAGAGUGUGCAGAGAGGAGUUUAGCAGUCCACACAAUUUUGAGGUUAGUAAAGCUUUGAAGAGGAUUGAGGAGCAGCUCAGCUUGAACGAUAACACCAUCAAAGAACUCGAACCAUUUAUUGUUGAGGAUGAACAUUCAAAUUUGACAGGAUUUCUGGAUUAUGAAACUGAGAUACCGACAAAAGGUCAAUAUGAGAAUAUACUGGAUGGACCAGGAUAUGCAGUGACCUAUCAAUUUCCGAAUGAACACAAUGGUGUGCAAGAUAACCUAAGCGAUUAUGCAACACUUCAGGAUAUAGAUGGCACUGGAGGACAUGCAGUUGGAGAUGAAGAAGGAUUGUGGACAGAGAUGCUGGAAUCAUAUUCAAAACCAUCAUCUUUUGAUUGGAGCAAACCACAAGAAACGCAAGGCUAUCAAUGGUCAGAUAGUACUACAAAGCAUGCAAGCUUUGAUAAUAUAAAGAUUCCUGCCCAUCCUUCUGAAGUGGAAAUUCCGGAGACAAGCCUGGAGGACUACUCACAUUUGUUUGACCAAAUACCACUUGGAAUGCUCCCUGAAUCCUCAAGUUUGACUGUUGCACAAGUGCAGAAAUAUAGCAUCAAAGAUAUAUCUCCCCAGUGGAGCUACAGCAAUGAGGCUACAAAGAUCAUUAUGGUUGGGUCUUUUCUGUGUGACCCUUCAGAGUUUUCUUGGACUUGUAUGUUUGGUGAUGUUGAAGUUCCCGUAGAGAUUGUUCAGGAAGGUGUACUCUGCUGUGAAGUUCCUCUUCGCUCACCUGGGAAAGUGACACUCUGCAUUACUUCUGCAAAUCGCGAGGCUUGCUCUGAGAUCAGAGAGUUUGAGUAUAGAGCCAAGUCAAAUAUUUGUUCUCAGUGCAAGUCCUCACCAUCAGAAGGUCCUGGGAGCACUGAAGAGGUAUUACACCUUGUCAGGUUAGUGCAAAUGCUUCUUUCUGAUUCACCGAUGCAGCAAGGAGACAGCUCCCUAUCAGGAAUUUCUCUACCGAAGAGCAAAACUGAUGAUGAUUCAUGUAGUCACAUCAUAGAGGGUCUUCUAGAUGGCAGUGGAACUUCGUCUGAGGCCAUUAAUGGGCUUCUGCAAGUGCUUCUUAAGGAUAAGCUACGCCGAUGGCUUUCAAUUCGGUCCCAAGGGAAUGACCAGGGGAUCUGUUCCCUGUCAAAGAAGGAGCAAGGCAUUAUCCACACAGUUGCUGCUUUGGGCUUUGAAUGGACCCUCAAUCCAAUUCUCAGUUGUGGGGUCGGCAUAGAUUUUCGUGAUAUUAAUGGUUGGACAGCUCUCCACUGGGCUGCACGCUUUGGAAGGGAAAAAAUGGUCGCUGCUUUAAUAGCUUCAGGAGCCUCUGCCGGAGCAGUGACCGAUCCCAGUGCAUGUGAUCCAACGGGCAGAACUGCCGCAUCAAUUGCUGCUUCCAGUGGGCACAACGGACUUGCUGGCUAUCUCUCUGAGGUAGCCCUGACAAGCCACCUCUCGUCCCUCAGACUCGAAGAGAGCGAGCUCUCUAGAGGCUCUGCUGAGGUUGAGGCUGAAAGAACCAUAAAUAGUGUAACUAGGGACCAUAUCUCUAUCAAUGAGGACCAGCUGUCUUUGAAGGAUACCUUGACAGCAGUCCGCAAUGCAGCUCAGGCUGCUGCUAGGAUACAGUCAGCAUUCCGCGCCCAUUCUUUCAGGAAACGACAGGAAAAGGAAGCUGCUGCAGGAAUGCAUGAUGAUUACGGGAUCAGUUUGGAUGAUUUUCACGCCAUGUCCAAACUGAGCUCACGGAGCACGCGUGAUUACAAUUCGGCUGCCUUGUCUAUUCAGAAGAAGUAUCGAGGCUGGAAGGGUCGGAAGGAUUUCCUUGCAUUGCGUCAGAAAGUCGUAAAAAUACAGGCUCACGUGAGGGGUUACCAGGUUAGAAAACAGUAUAAGGUAUUCUGCUGGGCUGUUGGCGUUCUCGAUAAGGUUGUACUGAGGUGGCGAAGGAAAGGUGCUGGCUUGCGGAGCCUUCGUCACGAGACAGAAAUGUCGGAAGAAAGCGAAGAUGAUGAAGACAUCCUCAAAGUGUUCCGCAAACAGAAGGUGGACAAAGCUGUCGAGGAGGCAGUCUCUCGGGUCCUAUCGAUGGUCUAUUCUCCAGACGCCCGCCAGCAAUACCGCCGCGUGCUAGAAAGAUACCGCCAAGCAAAGGCUGACCUCAACGACACGGCUGGUGAAGCGGCUCCAUCGAAUUCAUCUUAUACCGUCGACAUGGAGAAUGAAGAGUACAUAAAUCCUUUCCCAUGAGAGGGCUCUGGUGAUUACUAACUCAUCGCAUUUGUAGUGUAUGGUUGUGUGUAUAUAGCAUAGAUCUCCAGACUUCUUUUCUUGGCUUAUUCAUGAUGAGCCAAAAAUAGGGGGUCUGUCAAGACUCUUGAUUAAGUCGCCUGCGUAGGGUUCAUUUGAGUACAUAGGUUAGAUUUCCUGAAAUUGCUAGUAUCGCCAGCUGAAACACCUUCAAUAUUCUCAUGAGCUUGGAACUGCCCUAGUUUGCACACUCUUUAGCUCGAUAAUCACUCGAAUCAAACAUCUUGCUAGCA